AACAUAACCCAUGCAUCACACCAACCCCGUCCCCUGCAGGAGAACGAUGACUUGGUUAAGCCUUGGCCGGCCACGAUCUAUUGUAGAACAUGUGCCAAGACAUCCACAGGCGAGUUAAGCAUUCCCCACCUCCCCCGCGCUCGUCAUGACAAGCACGCUGGAUGAGCUCACCCCAUCCAUGCAAUAGGAUACCAUUCCAUGUCGUAAUUCCUGCAGCAUUGCUCAUGUGUUUGAGCAGAUUGACGUUCGGACUAAAGUUCUGUCUCCAAUACUCUGGCCGCCCCACUGCAACACGGGACCAGAGUGGGCUAAAUGAGGGUCGUACCGGGAGCCACGGGCGGAAAAGGGGAAUGUGGAAGAGAUUUUCAUGCAGCUCUUUCCCCUAUCGGUGCUCUCAAAUCAGAAAAAAGCCUGAGCGUGCAGCAAUCUCGCGCCACUUCCCCGUGUGCGCGGGGCAGCCUCGCCUUGUCAUUGGCUUCGUAAGUCGCAAUGCGCUCUCAAAAGGGCCGGUGCCUGCAGACGGCGCUGCUCGUGCAUACCUAGUCCCAUGACGUUAUUUUAAAGCUGGCCCUGGGUGCAGGAGCACCGUAUACGUCCUGCCCUCUCGUACUCGCUGAGUGAUGGGGGAAAACAAAGGGGAAGCCAUGAGCGAGAAGAGCAUGCACAGAACGCGGCACUAGCUUUUUAGCCGAAACAAACGAGCCUCGGGCGGCUGGGGCUUCCAACUAUAGUGCUUUGGGUGGGGCUUCGUGGCCUGUGCUUCGGAACGUCAGGC